GUAUGUUGCUAAAAAUUGGAUGAUCACAAAAUGUUAUUGAUAUUUAAUUAAUAAUUGAUCUCUACACCACUCAGCUGAGUAUGAAUGACAGCUUAACAAUGGGAAGUACAAUGGGAAUGAGUAGGUCUACUGAGACACAAAAUGUACCAAGAAAACCAAAGAAAUCAUUCAUACAAAACAUUCUAUCUAAAUGUAAUCGCAAGAAAGCCAGUGAUGAAGUGGGUACAUUUGAAGAGUUAACAUCAUCUCCACAGCCAACCGCAUCAGCGCCAGCUAUGGCGUUGGCAACUAAUUCUGACAACGAGAAGAAAACUGACAAAACCAAACAUCUCGCAUUACUAAUGAACAACAACAACUCAACAACUGCCAGUGAGCAUGGUGAUCCAAAUGAAAAAUCAUCGAAUCAAGUGGAAAAUUCUUGGAAGUUCAUUGAAUCAUGGAUUAAGAGUAAGCAGCAGGAAAAACACCAGAGGCCUAUUUUCAAAUCUAGUUGGAAAACUAUCAGAGUUUUUGUCUCAUCAACGUUCACUGACAUGCACAAUGAAAGAGAAAUACUUGUUAAAAAGGUUUUCCACAAGCUAAGACAAUGGUGUGAAGAGAGAAAGUUCAAUUUAGUUGAAUGUGAUUUAAGAUGGGGGGUGCCGAAAGAUUCCACGAGUACCACCACUAUCACUGUCUGUUUGGAAGAGUUGGAUAGGUGCAUUGAAGAGAAUGAUGACAAACCAUUCUUCAUUUGUACCAUUGGUGAAAGGUAUGGCUGGAUUCCGAAAGAAGAUGAAGUGAAUGAGGAGAUUAGGAAUAAGUACGACUGGGUGCCAAACGUUUCUAUCACCCACAUGGAAAUACUACAUGGAGCCUACAGGUUAAAGAACCCGAACGCACUGUUCUGCUUUCGCGAGCCAGAUUUCUUGAAGAACAUUCCAGAUAAAUAUAAAAACAAGUUUGUUGAUGAGGAAGAUUUAUCAGUGCAACAGUUGAUGAAAUUAAAAGAGAAGUUGAAAUGUCAGUUCACUGACCAGUACUUUGAUUAUUCUUGCGAAUACUCUCAUCUGGAUAUGACAACGGGAAGAGAAAAGGUGUUUAUAAACAUUCCUGAAACAUUUGAAAGCAAAGUUUACGAUUUCCUAACGAAAGCCAUCCUCAGACAAUAUCCUGACAAUGAAACUUCUAAAGAAUUCACCAAUGAAGAACAAGAUGACUUCUCACACAAUUCAUUCCUCAUUUUAAAGUCCAAUUUCGUGGUUGGAAGAAAAGAUGAGUUGAAAUCCAUUAUGAAAUUCAUUGAUGGUCAUUACGAUGAUUAUAAGGACGGUGAUGAUGUAAGUGAAAUUGGCUCGUUAACGUUGAAAAAACGAGAAGAAGGAGAAGAAGAAGAUGAUGAUGGUAAAAAUCUUAGAUUAGAGUGUGAAAGAUUUAAUUUGGGUGAGCAUAGCAGACGAUUGCUGUGUAUUUAUGGUGAAACUGGGGUAGGUAAGUGCACCAUCGUCAGUCAAGUUGGCAGACAUUUAUUGGAGAAAAAUCGAAAAGUUUUCUACCAUAAUGUGACGUGUUCAACCAAUGGAAUGAACUGGAACAAUGUUCUGCAUAGGAUGAUUAGGUUCCUCUCCAAUGGAAACUUUCAAGAGAUAAAUGAAGAGAAUUCAAUGGAUUUUGAUUUUUUGACCAACUUGCUCUCUAAAAGUUUGAUGUCAGUGACAGAUGAAGUCGUUAUGAUCAUAUACGGUGUUGAAAAAAUGGAAAACCACGACGCAACAGAUUGCCUGGCCUGGUUGCCGCCACGCUUCCCCAGGAACGUGAAAGUUAUCGUCUGCGUGGACAGCAAGCACUACAUCUGCAACCAUCGCCUUCGUAAUAAGGAUCCAUUCUUCUUGAAUGUGGAUUUCUUUUCUGAGGGUGAUGCCGAUGAGUUCAUACGCGAGUACCUUCUCAAGUUUAACAAGAAACUCGAUGCAGACCAGACGAAAAGUUUGCUGAUGAACGAAUCAUCUCGUAGCCCCAUUUGGCUCAGUAUUGUCUGCGAAGAGCUUCGAAUUUUUGGUGAUUUUGCGACGCUUACGAACAAAAUCAAAUCCUUUCCAUCUGAUCUGAAACAUCUUUUGAAGGAGGUGAUAGAGAGGUUACUUAGAGAGGAUGAUACGAAACUACUCAACAAGCUGUUGUGCCUCUUAGUUUCGUCGCAUUCCGGUCUGCCGGAAUCUGAAAUGCUAAAACUUCUCGGAGAUCCAGCCAAGGACGUUGAGAUUCCUAUGGUCACGUGGGCCACUCUGAAAAGCUAUCUGAAACCUUUCCUAACUAUGACGUCAUCGUGCAAUGGCAAAGUUGUUAAAGUCAAAUUGUCGUAUGACGCAUUCAUCGAGGUUUUGAAAUCGACAUUAUUAACAGAGGAGUCGAGUAAGGAAUGGCACAAAUACCUGGCAGAUUUUUAUGAGUUUUACAACAAAGAUGAUUAUUACAUCGACGACGACUUGCCUCACAAUUUCCUUCAUUCGGGACUCUGGAAAAGAAUGGCAGAUUUUUACAGAACAAACACGAGAACGUUCGCUAUGCACGCUAUCCUUCGUUCUAAAAUACUCCAGCCUAUACGUUGCACUCGAAUGGUGAAUAAGAACAUACCAAGCUUCACUUAUCCCGUCAUGGCCUGCAUGAAUUGCUCGUUCAGGUCGAAAGUCAUCUCUCCAACUGCACACCAGACCAAAGAACUUUGUUUGAUCUGCGGCAGUUGGGUUGCUUUCAAGAAGCCAGAUUCAAUAGCUCACCUUUGUCAAAACCAUGGAUUUAAUUUUAAAAACAAGUGCUUCUUUUGUCAAAUGCCCAUCAUGUCUUCCCCUCACGACAACGCUCACAAACUAAAAUCUUUCCAUAACAGACAUGCGAUUGACACAAUUGUUCAAAAUCUAAAACUUCUCAAAAAUGAUAUUCAAGGGUUUUGGUACAGUCUAGUGCUGCCCAUAUUGUACCUCUUCAAGGCUAUGGAUUUCAACAGUUAG